AUGGCAUCUGAUACGGAGAUGAAUGAAGCCUUGCCCGUGCCGACCCUACCGCAACCCAACGACGGUGGCCGCAUGCAUAUGUCCUCGCUUUCCUCGUCUUCAUCCAUUUCUGACGCAGAAACUGAACGCCGGGGCCGCUCCGAACGUCCGCGCAUGGCGAGUCGCAAGCCCUCCGCUUCCAUAUUGGUCCCCCGAGACCACCCCGAAAUUGAGAUUGAGGAGGAAGAGUUCCCUCCCGAUGAUGCUCGCGCCAUGAGUCCCCGUCGCAACUCCGCCGAUCUCGAAAGAUUGGGCAAGGAGGCCCGCCAGACUCUUCAAGAACAAGCCAAGGCCCUCCAAUCAUCUCUUCAGGCCCUCGCCGAGCGUAUCGACGCGGUCAAGUCUGAUCACGACAAGCUGGAGAAUGAGAAUAAGAUUCUACAGGACUACAUCGGUGGUCUGACCCGCAACAUGACCAAGAGCGAAAUGACCCGGAGCACAAAGGCACGGAAGGCCCAGAAAUAG